AGUCUGCAAUAGGCCCAUCCUGGUACCAGAAAAAGCCACUCUGAUUUGCUUCUUCAUUAUGAUGUCAUAAACACCCUCCUCACCUGUUAUCACAGAAACCAUCAGUGCCCACAGUAAGCAGCACCAGUAUGCUUAUUCACCACUAACAGCUUUGAAGAUCAUCUCAUGGCGGACGAAUUUAUUCCACCAAGUUUUCAUCUAAGAUUUUUACAUCCAUAAAAUAUUCCAUUGUACUUGAAUAAUUUGAUGCUCAGUGGUGAAUUGAAAAAACAAAGGAAAACUAUGCAAAAUCUCUAGUCCAGCCCAAACUGAGACCAGAGGAGCCUCAGGCUCUGUCAGAAGCCAAUAUGUCACAGAGAAGUCAGACAAAGGAAAAACACCCAGAAACUACAUCGGAACAGAAUUCACAGGACUUACAAGAAACAUCUCAGAAAAGAACUACAAGUGACUUGGAAACUGUGGCUUUGUAUAAUGAAGAAUUUAACAACUUCAGGUGUCCAAUUUGUUUAGAUAUACUAAGGAACACCAGGUUUGCAAAAUCUUGUUUCCAUAGAUUUUGUAAAGACUGCAUCAUUACAGCACUAAAAUUAGGCAAUAAGACCUGCCCUGUCUGUAGGAGAAAACUAAUUUCAAGACGGUCACUGUAUCCAGAUCCUAAAUUAGAUGAACUCAUAAGCAAAAUGUUUCCAAGUUGUAAUGAAAAGGAUUCCUCUCCACAGAAACCAUUAGGAAAAAGGAAAUAUAAAAUGAAACAAUUCUCUAAUGUCAUCGGGGAAAGAAGACACCAGAAAACAUCCACAACCAGAGUCCAACAUGGAGAAGAGCAACAAAUUACAACUACUAGUGGAUUGGAAAGUAAUAAUGACAGUUCACCCUGCUGUAGUAAUGGAUCCACACACAGCAGUGAUAAAGCAGGUCCCAGUAGCAAACGAACCAAAAUAAUUGAGUUUCAUCAUGAUAGUAAACACACAAUAGUGACCUAUGAUUCUGUGACUGAUGGGGCUAGUGAGACCAGACUUCAUCGGUCUCUCAGAGAAGAAGAUGACCCUGCACAUGCAGAAUUAGCAACGACCUCAGAUGGAAAUGCAAAACAACAAUAAAAAAGCCAACUUAGACCUUGGGUGAUUAUUUAGCAUUUUUAGUUAUCACCAUGAAACUAGUGUCUGCCUCCUGUAGCACGGACUGGACAACUUGGUGACCAUAACGUUUCCGCCAUGAUAACUGGUAGCAUAAUGAUAAGUCUGAAAUGAAAUAAACGCAUACCCCCUCAAA